AUGGGUUCCCUUUGGUCAUUUGCCGCUUGGGGCAUGAAUGUUAUCGGACCUAUAGUUCCUCCUGCAUCAAAUGGACAUCGUUUCAUCCUAGUAGCGAUCAAUUAUUUUACAAAAUGGGUGGAAGCUUCGACAAACAAGCCAGUGACUAAGAAUGUAGUGGUAGACUUUGUUCACAACAACAUAGUUUGUUGGUUUGGAAUUCCAAAAUCAAUCAUAACAGAUAAUGCAGACAACCUCAACAGUGAUCUUACGAGGGAAACUUGUGAAAGGUUCAAGAUUGCUCAUAAAAAAUCCACAGUUUACCAGCCAAAGAUGAAUGGAGCAGUUAAGGCUGCUAAUAAGAAUAUCAAGAAGAUUUUGAGGAAAAUCAUAGACAGUCACAGGCAAUGGUAUGAGAAGCUACCAUAUGCUUUACUCGGUGAUCGCACCACAAUUAGAACAUCAACUAGGGCAACUCCUUAUUUGUUGGUUUAUGGUACGGAAGCAGUAAUACAUGCCGAUGUGGAAAUACCAUCCUUAAGGAUUAUCCAAAAGAUCGGUCUGGAUGAUGUUGAAUGGAUAUGUAGCAGACAUGAACAGUUGAUGCUCAUCGAUGAAAAGAGGAUGGACAUAGUUUGUCAUGGUCAACUCUAUCUGAACAGAAUGACCAAAGCAUUCAACAAGAAAGUCAAACUUCGACAGUUCACACCAAGAUAG